AUGCUCCCACUCUCUACAGCUGAGGAGACCAAGGACCAGUUCUACAAAGAUUUCAACUGUGUCAUUAGAAACAUACCAACCAACGAAAACAUCUACCUUCUAGGAGAUUUUAACGCUCGCAUGAGAUCUGAUCAUAACUCGUGGCCCAUUUGUGUCGGACAUUUUGGUAUUGGCAACAUGAAUGACAAUGGUCAGAGACUGCUUGAAUUUUGCACAUACCAUAACCUGUGCAUCACCAACACAUUCUUUGCCAACAAGCCAUCCCACAAGGCAUCUUGGAGACAUCCAAGGUCUCACCACUGGCAUCAGUUGGAUUUCAUCAUCACAUUAAGAUCCUUUCUGAAUUCUGUCCAACUGACCUGUAGUUACCACUGCAUGGAUUGUGUCACAGAUCAUUCAUUAAUAAGAAGCAGAGUGAGGAUUCUGCCUAAAAAAGUCCAUCACUCCAUGAAAAUGGGCCGACCACACAUUAACACUGCCAGAACCUCAGACCCUACACUGCAAAAAUGUUUUGCUGUUUCUAUCAAGGUUGCCCUCAGUAGCUGCCCAUCCUCCUCUGCUGAAAGUAGGUGGAAUUAUAUCAGGGAAGCUUUGUAUACCACAUCAAUAGAUACAUUCAGCAUGAGUGAAAGGCAAAACCCAGAUUGGUUCAGUUCUGGGCUCUCAGAGCUGGAACCAGUUAUCGAAGCAAAGCGCGCAGCUGUGAUGCAAUACAAGAGUGAUUCUUCUACAAAGUCACUUGAAGGACUCAGAAAGGCAAGAAAUAAAACCCAACUGACUGCCAGACGCUGUGCAAAUAGGUAUUGGCAGGAAAUCUGUCAGAGUAUCCAGUUAGCCGCUGACAGUGGCAACACAUGUGGGAUGUAUGCUGGUUUGAAGAAGGCCCUCAGUCCAUCCACAACCAAGUCAGCCCCUCUGAAAUCAACUACAGAAGAUCUUAUCAAGGACCAAAGCAAGCAAAUAGAUAGAUGGGUGGAGUACUACCAGGAUCUCUACUCACUGGAGACUACGGUCGUUGAGGCUGCAAUCGAGGGUGUCAAGAUCUUGCCAGCCAUGUGCGAACUUGACAGUCUGCUGUCUAUAGUGAAGCUCACCAAGGCUAUUAACUCCCUAGCCAGUGACAAGGCUCCAGGAAAAGACGGCAUCCCCUCAGAGAUCACCAAAGCCAGCAAAAAUACUGCUCUGCUUUGGCACCUUCAUGAGCUUCUGUGUCGGUGCUGGGAAGAGGGUGCAGUCCCUCAGGAUAUGCGGGAUGCUAACAUCAUUAUGCUUUACAAAAACAAAGGUGACCAUAGUGAUUGCAACAAUUACUGUGGAAUAUCUCUUCUCAGCACUGUUGGAAAGACCUUUGCCUGUGUAAUCCUGUCCAGGCUGCAACUGCUUGCUUCUCGAAUUUAUCCAGAAUCGCAGUCUGGCUUUAGAAGAAGCAGAUCAACUAUUGACAUGAUAUCCUCCAUACACCAACUUCAGAAGUCCAGAGAGCAGAAAAUGCCAUUAUAUAUGGCCUUCAUUGAUCUGACAAAGGCCUUUGACUUGGUCAGUAGAAAAGGCCUCUUCAUCUUGCUUCAAAAAAUCGGAUGUCCACCAAAGCUGCUGAGGAUCUUUCCAUGA